AUGACAUCCACCACCACAACCAAGAAACAACCCAAAACACCCAAGAUGACCACACAAAACAAGAACCAAUACCAUGAACUCCCAAUAAAACCCCAUGGCAUACUCUGGCAAGAAGACUUCAUAACCCCCACCCACGAAGCGCAACUCAUCUCCAUCUUCCAAAACCAACUAGAAUGGCCCACCCGAAACGGCCGAAUAUCACUGCACUACGGCUACUCAUUCGACUAUAAAACCUUCGGCAUAGACCCGGACAUUCCCUACAAGGAAUUCCCGGACUGGCUGCAACCGCUCAUCCCAACUACGGAGGGUCGGCCCCCGGAGCAGGUCUGUUUGCAGUACUAUCCGCCAGGCAGCGGUAUUCCGCCGCAUGUAGAUGCGCAUAUGGCGUAUGACCAGCUUUAUGCGCUGUCGAUUGGGGCGCCUAUUAUGAUGCAGUUUCGGCGGGGGGAGGAACGCGUGGAUGUGGAUUUGGUGCCGAGGUGUAUGAUGCAGAUGACGGGGGAGUCGAGGUUGUUUUGGACUCAUGGGAUUAAGAAAAGGAAGAAUGAUAUCCUUGCUGAUGGGACUGUUAGGCCGAGGGGGGAUAGGUGGAGUAUUACUUAUCGGUGGGUUAGGGAGGGGGAGUGUGAGUGUGGGGAUGUCGAGGUUUGUGAUGUUGCGCAGAGGAGGAUGGGGGUUGAGAAGGAGAAGAGGAGUUUGAAGGAGUUGGCUGCGAAGGAAGAUGGUGGGGUGUCUGGUUGA